AUGGCAGGAGUUAGGCAUUUGAGAAUUGCAGGCUUAACGGGACUUGUGCUCAUAUUACUAUUUGUGGUGCAUCGAGUUGGACAAAAUGCCGCUGCUAUGGUGCAUGCGCAAGUUGGAGACCAAAUUGGCAACAAGAUCCAUGCAGUGUCGCCCAGUGAUGGAUCCGUUGGUGGUGGUGGUGGUGGCAGUGGUGGCAGUGUCGGUGGGGUAGGUGGUGGUGGUGGUGACAAGAUUGGAGUAACGUCAUCGGAUAAGAAGAGCCCCGUGGUGGUGGCCAACAACCUAGUCAAUUCGUUAAACGACGAAAAGACCGAUGACGCAAUUAAUAAGGAGAUCUCCAAGGGCAAGAGCGAAGAAGGGGUCAAGAAGAUUGAUGGCGAAGGCGGGGCCAAGAGUGCCCAGAAUGGCGAGCAGCAAUCGAGCAAUAACCAAAAGACCACCGAUGAAAAUGGCGAAUACGACCCAGCAGCUGAAUUGAUCAAGAUCCGCUCGUUAUCUCCCAUGACGAUAUUCUCCAAGAGCUACUGCCCAUACCUGAAGAAAUUAAAGAAGCUUUUAUUGGAGAAAUACGAGAUUUUGCCCGCUCCCAAUGUUGUCGAAUUGGACUUCCACGAACAUGGAACAGAGUUGCAGAAUUACUUGUUGGAGAAGAGCGGCAGAAGGACGGUGCCUAAUGUGUUGGUGGGCCAGUCGUUUGAAAGCAGAGGCGGAGCCGAUGAUUUUGAAGAAUAUCAUCGGAAAGGUGAGAUUAUUUCCGUGUUGACCGAUUGGGGACAAGGUAGAAUACAAGUUGUUAAAAAGGAUACUCCUUCUAAUGCUUAA